CACUGCCAUAUUUAUUCAUGCCGGCAAGAUGGCGGCGACACGGUCGAGGUGUUCUUACCAGAGGACCUAAAAAAGAGGUUUUAUUCCGAACUCAAACCCAAUCAAAUGUGUGGAGCGUUUCGCUGGUGUCCUACGUGUAAUGAUUACGUCACUAACGUCGAGCUGAUCGGGUUUUCUCUGGUUUUCGAACAAAAUGUUCACGUUGUAAGUCCCUCGCUAACCCGCUAGCUAGCUAACAGCAGAACGAGCUUCCAGGCGAGCCGCCGUGAAGAAUGGGAGAAAAGCUGGAGCUGAAGCUGAAGUCGCCGGUCGGAGCGGAGCCUGCCGGGUACCCGUGGCCGUUACCAGUCUACGAUAAACACCAUGAUGCUGCUCAUGAAAUCAUUGAGACCAUUCGGUGGGUGUGUGAGGAAAUCCCAGACCUCAAACUGGCCAUGGAGAACUACGUCCUCAUCGACUACGACACCAAGAGCUUUGAGAGCAUGCAGAGACUGUGUGACAAAUACAACCGGGCCAUCGACAGCAUCCACCAGCUGUGGAAGGGGACCACCCAGCCCAUGAAGCUGAACAAACGGCCGUCCAACGGGCUGCUGAGGCACAUCCUGCAGCAGGUCUACAACCACUCGGUGACCGACCCCGAAAAGCUGAACAAUUAUGAGCCCUUUUCCCCGGAGGUCUACGGAGAAACCUCCUUCGACCUGGUGGCCCAGAUCAUCGAUGAGAUAGACAUGAUGGAGGACGACACCUUCGUUGACCUCGGAAGUGGAGUGGGACAGGUGGUGCUGCAGGUGGCAGCAGCUACUAACUGUAAACACUACUACGGUGUAGAGAAAGCAGACAUUCCAGCCACGUACGCUGAGACCAUGGACAAAGAGUUUAAGAAGUGGAUGAAAUGGUAUGGGAAGAAGCAUGGGGAGUACACACUGGAGAGAGGAGAUUUUCUUUCUGAAGAGUGGAAAGAAAGGAUCGCCAACACAAGUAUUAUUUUUGUCAAUAACUUUGCCUUUGGUCCAGAGGUCGACCACCAGCUGAAGGAACGCUUUGCUAACAUGAAGGAAGGGGGAAAAAUCGUCUCCUCCAAACCUUUUGCACCUUUAAACUUCAGAAUCAACAGCAGAAACUUGAGCGAUAUCGGCACAAUAAUGCGUGUGGUGGAGCUCUCUCCUCUCAGGGGCUCCGUGUCCUGGACCGGGAAGCCCGUCUCCUACUACCUGCAUACCAUAGACCGCACCAUACUUGAAAACUAUUUUGCUAGUCUCAAAAAUCCUAAACUCAGGGAGGAGCAGGAGGCAGCUAGACGGCGUCAGCAGAAGGACACCAAGGACAGUAAAAGCAAUAGCACCACCCCCACCAAAUCCAAGGAGCAGAGCAAGGACUCUUGUGGGGAGGAGGAGCGGCCAAGCUUACUUACGGUGGUCAAGCCCCCCCCCAAGCCCAGAAGAGCCCGCCUCUUAUCCAAAGGUCGCAAGCUGAACAACAAGAAACGCGGUCGCCCCAAGAAAGCCCCGCCUGCUGUCGAGAAGAGCAAGAAGAACCAGAGCGCCUUGGAUCUGCUGCACGCCAAGACGCUGUCUGCAGCCCCAGCUCAGGAUCCCUACCGGCCCCCCCACAGCCCCUUCUACCAGCUACCUCCCAAGAUCCAGCACUAUACGCCCAGCCAACUGCUGCUGAGUGCAGCCCCCCCCGGCCUGCAGCAGCUGCUGGAUAACAUCAAAGUCCAGUACCUGCAGUUCCUGACUUACAUGAAGACUCCUCAGUACCGCUCCAGCCUGCAGACGCUCCUGGAGCAGGAGAAGCAGAAACACCGGGACCUGUCGGGCCAGGCGGAGCAGCUUCACCUGGUCUGCCAGUCUCACAAGGACCGGAUCAAGAGUCUGUUUCAGACCAAGCUGGAUGAGCUCGGCGUGAAAGCUCUGACCGUGGAGGACCUUCUUCAGGCUCAGAAGGAGAUCUCAGCCCACAACCGGCAGCUGAAAGAGCAAACCAAGCAGCUGGAGAGGGACAUGGUGCUGCUGAGGGACCACAGCCUGCUGCUGCUGAAGUCUCGCUGUGAGGAGCUGAAGCUGGACUGGGGCUCUCUGUGUCUGGACAGCCUGCUGAAGGAGAAGCAGGCGCUCCGCCGGCAGAUCUCUGAGAAGCAGAAGCACUGCCUGGAGCUGCAGAUCAGCAUAGUGGAGCUUGAGAAGAGCCAGCGGCAGCAGGAGCUGCUGCAGCUGAAGUCCUACAGCCCCCAUGAGGGCUCUCCGUACAGGAAGAGCCUGGACCCCCGUGCUGCCGCCGACAUGGACUCCUUCAAGAUGGGUGUGUCCUCGACCUCGGCGCUCAAUGGCGUCGGCCCAGAGCUGUCGGUGAACGGCACUGGCUCUCCGGUCUUUGACCGUGCUAACUCCAAGGGCGAGCUUUCCCGCUACCUUCCCAUCUCUCCGGACCACGAGGUGCUACCGGCCCCCCCUGAUGGUCGACAGCGGCAGCAAGCCGCUUCCCACAGCCUGCCCGACUACACCCGCUUCUCCCCCGCCAAGAUCGCCUUGCGGAGGCACCUGAACCAGGACCCCUCCGCUCACCUGAGAGGUCCAGGGCUGAGCACUCACAGGGAUCAGGGGGGGGUGAACUCCCCUCUCGGAGCCAAACAGAACUGCCCCUCUCCCAGCAUGGCUGAUACUCAGAGCAACCCACGGAGCUUCGAGAGGGUCAAAGAGAAGAGCCCGGCGGUUCAGGGAGACAGCAUCACCAGCCUUCCUAUCAGCAUCCCUCUUAGCACGGUGCACCCCAGCAAACUCCCCGUCAGCAUCCCGCUGGCCAGCGUGGUGCUGCCCAGUCGGGCCGAGAGACUGAGGAGCACUCCGAGCCCCGUGUCCUACAGCGGCCAGAGUAACGGCUACUCCUCCAACUUGGGCCUGGUGAACGGAGGUCCUCACCCCGAAGACUACAACGGUGCUACUUCAUCCUCCCCUCUGACCGGCAGCACUCCUUUGGCCAGAGGAGGCCCCGCCAACAGUCCUCCUCUCAGCACUGGGGGGGUGCUGCAAUAUGCUGAUGGACCCUCGAGGGUUCCUGCAGGAGACGGACCGGAUCGGCCGGGAGGAGACUCUGACGCGGAGCCGCAGGACAGCGAGCUGCGGAGGAGGAUGUUCUUCUCUUCCUCCUCUUCCUCUUCGUCUUCCUCAUCAUCAGGAGGUUCACGCUUCCACCAUCAGAAUGGGAGCGCAUCCAAACAGGGGUACUACAGUAACCAUGGCAACCACCAGCCCUCCUGCUCGCAGCACGCACACAUCCCCGCGCACGUGUCAUCAUCACACUCCGCCCACAGCUCUGCCUCUCAGGAGGGGCGCAGGCGGGGGAGGCGGAAGCGCAGCUCUGUAGCGCCUGCUGCCGGGGGCUCCCCAAAGAGGAGGUCGUUCCCCGGGAUCAGCUCCAGCAACCACUCCUCAGGAUCUCCUCUCAACAUCAACUCCAUGGUCAACAACAUCAACCAGCCGCUGGAGAUCUCCGCCAUCUCCUCUCCAGAGCAAUCCAGCUGCAGCCCCAAUGGCCCCGACCUCGACCAGCCCCCCAUCCUGAAGAGAGAGCCCCCCCUAGAAGUGAACGGCACUGGCCGCUACUCAACAGCCCCCAGCUCUGAUGACGAGGAUUCUGGGUGUCCGGCUGAUAGCUCCAGUUCCAGAAUUGAAAGAAAAAUUGCCACCAUCUCUCUGGAGAAUGGACCCUGCAGACCCGGGGAGGGGGAACGAGGCAGGAAGUCCAGCAGCAGCAGCGGGAACAGCAGUGAGGCCUCUUCCUCCUCGUCCAUGUCCGCUAACAGCAAAUGGAAAUCGACCUUCUCCCCCAUUUCCGAUCCCAAGCAGCCCAACUCCGACCUGAGACAGGGAGGCUCCCCUUUUGGAAUGGGGGGGUCCAGCCGUAGCACGGACUCUGACUCAGAUCACAAACCGCCGGGGAGGAAGGGGAGUGACGGGGAGUCUUCUGGCUACGUGACCCCCAACCCUUUCCUUAGUCAGGAAUCUGUGCCCCGGGGGAGUGUCCUUGGUCCUGGGGGGGUCCAGGGGGCGAGUGGGUCGGACCCACGGCAGGUCCUCCAGAAGGCGAAAAGCUCUCGUGAGUGGGAGCUGAAGAGCAGUCAGAACCUCUUCAUCUCAGCUGCUGCCAGCAGUGGGGGCGGGAUCCUGAGUGGGAAGGUGGGCGUCGGCUCUGUGGGUGUGUCCUCCACCUCUGGCUCUUCUGUGGGACAGUACCUGGGGUCCCAGUUCCCGCUGGGGGGAGCGUCCGUCCUGCAGUCCCUGUUUGGGGCUCAGACGGGCGUGUCCUCCGUGGGCGGGGCUUCCCGGCUGGUGAACGGACACUCGUCCCUCGGGGGGUUCUCCAGCGCCGGGCUGGCGGGCGGAGCCGCAGGAG